AUUAUGUUGACACCAUCACCACCGAUAUCGAUACCGUUAUACCUGGAUCUCCAUCAUGGCACCCAGAAUUAACGCAAAGGAUAGGGAAGCUCUCAGGGCUCUGCCUCGGUUGAUGCAGCGUAAAAUUGAUGGGGCAUUGCGUGGCUCAGUUGAAGACCUCCGAGACAUUGUUGGUAGUCUCAAUCAACUCAAGGAUAUCACGCCACUUUUGCUUCCCGUCUUUCACGCUCAACUGGAGGCAUACCCCAUCCCAGACGGAAUCAGUCCUGAUGUUGUACCAGUGAUCAUGCUCGCUAAAUGGUCUUUGGGUGGCAUUGUGCAAAUUUGUCAUAACCUCGGCAACAAUAUUAGUCUUGGAGAACGCAUUGUCCAUGACGCUGUGGCUUCAAAGUGGGAGAUACUCUUCCCGUGGAUGCAGUUCUUCAGCAACAACUUCCUCCCACCUUCGCGAAGACCCGCUGUCCUCCCGCAUGGCCUGUCUGUUAGCACUUACGAGGCCCUUAGGAUUACCAUACAUCCAUUGUCAACUUUGUGUCAAUUCACAGCAAAUGGAAGACAGUUGAUGAGGACGAACCCCACUGUUCAAGCGUUUUUCUUUCGGGCUUGGGUCAUCGUUGACGGGCUGAAGAGCGAUGACGUCGCUGAUCCCCUUCGGGAAGGCGAUAAAAACCUCAGUGCACUGAUACGGGCGAAUAUGUGCUCGCUCAGCGUUAUUUGCAUGGAAGACACCCCUGCGUCUCUGCCAGUAUCCAUCAUCGCCUCUGCUGCUGGCGGAAUCUUCCCCAUGGCCUCAUUAGCCCUCCGAUAUAUUCGUCGUAUGACUAAAGAGGUGGCUAAUAUGCCAGAACCCCGGUCACGUGCAAGAGAGAAUGUCGACUUCUCGUCCAUGACAGUAUGUGCUACUGGCUUGGCUCAGGCCAUCCUCUUCAUGCAAUCCUUGGGCGACCGAGAGGGCGGUUGCCAAGAACUGCUUCUCCAAAUUGGCUCCAUUCGUACUGUCCUAAGUGCUAUCACGACACUCUGGGAACGGCUCCUAACCCCUGCGUGGAAUAGUUCAGACAAUGAACCAGAUAUUGGGCUAGCGGCGCGACGCAGAGUGUUAUACAUAGCAUAUCGCUAUAUCGGCUAUUCAAUGAAUUGCGCAAAUGACUCUGCUUUGGUGAUAUCUCAGGCCCUUCAGCACGGUCUACUCGAAUGUCUCCUGCGGACUGGAUCAUCGCGAGCUGAACGUGUUGACAAUACCAAACGCUUUGAUGAUGACCACGACAUUCAGUUGCUCAAAGAGCUUCCCCGGUUCUUCGUGUUCUCAAAAGUGCUACGGGCUCUUCACCCUGCCCUUCAUAGAGUAGAUAGGGCAGGCCUGCAAGAACGAGCAUCCCAAGACCCUGUAUUAUGGGAAGUAUGGGAAUCCGUCGACUCCGCAGCCCGUACCUUCACCAAUUUCCACGAGUUGCCUGAAGGAGCCCCCUUCUACCGAUAUAAGUGCUGUAGCUCGAAAUGCUCUCUCGAUUUCUCCGAAGACGAUAUCUCAGCAUAUCGUUGUUCAGGGUGCAUGCUGACGCGUUACUGCUCAAAAAGAUGCCAGAAGGACGCUUGGGAUUCCGGUCACCGUACUCACUGCCGCAUGCUGCGUUCUGCUCUCGGUCAGACCUAUUGUCCUACGCAUUUAUAAAUUCUUAUCUGAUGAUUUAACUUGAAGGCAAUCAAGAUGUACGCGAGAUUCGCAAAAGCUUACCCGUUAUUGCGAUGAUCGAAUCUUGGAUAUGCGAAGA